AUGGCGCGACGCAUUGAAACCAUAAAAACGGUGUACGAGUUCAAAGAGCGCAUCAAAAAAGAAGAGGAUGCGGCUUACAAAUUUUUCAUCGAUAACAAGGAAACUCUGUGCUCAGCUGAUAACUUAAAUACUGCGUCGAAGCUCAUCCGCCGUCAGUUGGAGCUCAAUAAACUCCGAAACGAUCGAUGCGUCAAGGCUCUUAAGGCUGCAGAGGAACGGCUGGCAGGGGCUGACGGAGAACGUCAAAAAGGCACUCAACGCCUGGAAGCAACCGAAGAAGGCAAGGACGGCCUCCCAUCCAUUGAAUUCAUGCGUCCUGCCUCGCCAAGAACCAGGGCCGUCCUGUUCGAAGGCAUUUCAGCCACCGGUGGCGGAAGGGCCAAAUAUCUGAAGCUAAGGAAUCUCAAGGACCCAGAGGACAAGUACGCUGUCAAGUAUCCUACCUCGUGGGACUACGGAUGGUACUUUAAAAAGAUGGUUAAACUGGACGAAAUCAAAAAGCCGUUUAAUCACACCUCGAUAAUUAAAAACACUUUAUUUAGCCGCAACGGAAUCCCGGUGGACGAUAUGCGUGAUAUAAUUCAGAAGAAGCGUUUUGGUUAA